UGACCGCCAGUGUUCACCAUUUUGUUUUGUAAACUAUAUGUGCUUCUUAAAAAGUUGAAUGCCCAGAAAUUGAUUAUUAUCAGAGGAUUGUUCAAAGUUGAAUCAAUGGUUGAAUUUUAUUAAUAAAUAUCGAGAGAAAAUAAUCAAAGGACUCACAAAAUGGACUUUAUUUUUGUUUUAAUUGUUUUACGUUUUUUGUGUUUGUAAAUUUGUGUUUGUUGAUUGUGAAUCAAAAUCGAAUGUAGAAUAAAUAUCGAUCGAAAUGGCCAACAUGAUGACAGAUCAAGCAAUUCGACGAUUAUAUUCAAAUCCGCUGUUUAUAAGCGAAUCCAGUGACGAUCGGACACCCGACAAAAAUGUUGGAACCGUGAAAAAAGUAAGCGAUUCCGAAAAUUUAGACCCAAUAUGUAUAGAGCCAACAGACUCACAACGAUCAAGCUUGUCAAUCACACCACCUAAAUUGUACACACCAACAUUUUUAACACCACGAAGUAGUCUGACAUCUGAUACAUAUAACGAUUCCAUAGCCGCCACUGAAUUUUACUCAUUUUCCAUUGAUUCAGAUGAAUUAAGUCAAUCGAUUGCCAACAAUACCGUAAAUUCGCUGUAUGAAACGUGUGUCGAGACAUCGGUUCGAUUGUUGUCAGCAACACGUUCGGUGAGGCGACGAUUACGACCACUAGUCAACAGUGAAUUUCUAUUGAAUCGUUUACCGAAAUUGCAACGUUUGUCGGUUGGCGGGCGAACGUCACCGAGACAAAGCGAUCAAUUCAAUAAAUCAGAACAUUGUACCUGUGAGGAAGGUCAUUUUGAUGGAAAUUGUUUGAAAAGUUUUAUGGAGAUGUCAGUGCAACCGGCUGAAUAUCGAAAUACUACACAAAUGAUGACUUCCACUCCAGUCAUAACAAAAGAUGUGUACGAUCACGGAAUAUUCAAUGUUGCUCGCAUAAAAAAAGUCGAAUUGCACGACCUAUCGCCAAAGGUACCGGAGUUUCAUGUAAUUGAUGCAACGCCGAAAGAUCGUUGUAUUAACAAUAAUAAUGUUCGAAUACCGAAUGGAAAUCACUACGGUAAUCAAACAAACGUGUUUGCAACAAACGUAGUAGCACCAACGACACAAAAUUAUACAAAAGACCAGAAUCAGUCAACGCAACAUUCAAUGACAAUGCCAGCACCAGAAGACGGAAAUGUGCUGAAAAAAGUCAUUUCAUUUACGCUCGAUCAAAUGUACAGCGGCGACUCUGCAACUGAAAAAGAAAAACGCCCUUCAUUUGUACCAGAAAAGCUACAUUUUAGUACCUAUGAGCAAUUUAAAGGCCAAUUAUUUGUAAAAUGGGUGAGCAACUCGAUAGCAUCAUCUCGAAAGUUUGAAUCGAAAGAUAUCAACUUGAAAGCAAUUGAAAUGCUGAUUUCGGAAGUUUGUACACAUUUAAUAGCGGCCGGAGUCAUGAAACAAAUUAUUGAUUAUGACGAAAAGACCAAAGAUGUGUUUUGUCCAAAUGAAAUGUAUCAAUGGACACACGUAGAAUUAGCUCGGCAGCAACAGAAUGGACCAAAGAAAGAUGUGCAUAGUUUGCACCAAUACGAUGAAGAAACGAUCAAAUAUGUGAAUGAAAGUACAAUGACAUUAACUUCCGAUGGACAUGAGGAAUCGUUUGCCUCCAUAAAAACAAAACGGUUAUCAUGUGAACUGUCUUUGGAAAACAAUCACAUCAAUAGUGAAAACGAUGAACAACAAUUUAAAAUUGAGUCAACCAAUUCAUGUGGAAUUGAAAAUCUAGAGGAACAUCUUGUAGAGAUUCAAUCAAAGGGGAAUUUUGAUCAUCAUUUGGAAAAUGAUCAGCCUACAAAAUGUGACUGUGAUAGUAAUAUGGGGAAAAUUCGCGUCGAAAUUUCAACACAAACGGAUGACAUAGUAGAUACAACAAAUGAUGAGAAAGAGUCACAUAUAGCAUUAAGUGACAAUACUGAAAAUGGCCUAGAAUGUGAUUUAGAACCAUCUAAUCCAACACCACCGCUACCACCGCCACCCCCUUCAUUCACGGUUACUUUUCCGUCUCCCACUAUAGCUCCGCCACCCCCUCCACCUCCGCCCUUUGCGUUCAAUUCAUUGGCACCACCAACAUCGCACAUCCAAAGUACUACACAAAGUUCGCCAAGUAAAACGACGACCAUUUUAACUAGUGCAUCAUCAUUUUGUCCGCCACCACCUCCUCCUAUGAAUGGACUGCAUGGACCACCACCCCUUCCUUUGCCAACGGGGAAUAUGUGGUUCAAGUCUGAUACAUUACGAAAAGCUGCCAAAGUGCCGCCAAAGCCGAUGAUUAAUUUAUUUUGGACUCGAAUUCUGAUUCCAAAAGAAGACGAAGAAGAGGAAAAGAUUAAGGAGCCAGAAAGUAAUGAGUUUUCAACAAUAAAAAAACGCGAAAAACUAUGGCAAAAGAUAGACGAAACACACUUGGACAAUGCAGAAGAUUUUACCGAAUUAUUUGCACGCCAAGCAACGCCAAAGAGACCAAGAGAAGUGAGCAAAGUACCAAAGAGGGCAGUGAUCAAAGUGUUGGAUUUAAAACGUUCACAGAGUGUGGGAAUAUUUUCGCAAAGUUUGUAUCGCCAUCGAAUUGACUCGCAAGCAAUUCAACGGGCAAUCUAUAAUUGGGAUUUGUCAAACAUUGGACUCGAUUUAUUGCAACAAUUGCUUGAACAUCGAGCAACGCAAGCUGAACUCGUUGCAAUAAAAGAAGCACAAAAGAAUACAACUUUAAGUAUGCCAUUGGAUGGUCCAGAAAACUUUCUGCUCAAAUUUUCAGAAAUUAAUUCGGCACCAGAGCGAAUUGCCUGCAUCAUAUUCCGCAACGAAUUUGAAGAGUUAAACACACAAAUCGAACAAAAAAUCAAAACCAUCCGAAAUUUGUGUGAGUUUCUAACGGAAAAUAGUCAUUUGGGAGAUUUAUUUGCAAUUAUUCUGACCUUGGGAAAUGUUAUGAACGGCGGUAAUAGGUAUAGAGGACAGGCUGAUGGUUUUGGCUUGGACGUGUUGAACAAAUUGAAGGAUGUCAAGUCUAAAGACAAAAAAACAACACUGCUCCACUUUAUUGUAAAAACAUUCAUUUGCAAACGAAGACAAGAUGGUCAGAAACCAAAAGAGAUUGCUUAUCCAUUGCCAGAUAGCGAUAGCAUGAAAAGUGCUUCAACGGUUGAUUUCGAUAUGUUGUACGACCAAAUCGAGCAACUUCGUAAAAACUUUGAAGAUAUCAAGGAGAAGAUAAACAAUGUUAUCAGUUCGUCAACAGAGCAAAAUAUUCAGCCAUUCAAAGACAUUUCCGAAGAACUGGUUCGAAAUGCAACCAGCAAAAUUGAUAACCAAUAUCAUGAAUUGAAAAUAUGCAAGGUCAUCUUUCGAGAAACGUUAGACUACUUCAAACACAUUCCAAAAACCGGUACUAUUGACGAAUGUACGCCAAGCCAGUUCUUCGAGUUAUGGGUGAAUUUUUGCAUUGAUUUCCGCGAUUUAUGGAGAAAAGAGAUGGCCGCCAUUAAUGCGGAAAUAAUUCAAAAGUACAAAAGCAUUGCUUCACCAAAGACACCACAAAGUCGAGCUAAAGGAAAACAAAAGCCAAUUGGAUUACGAGUUAGACGCGUUAAUCAAUUAUAAUGGCU